AUGUUCAACCCACCAGCUGCUCCUCACAUGGGAGGAAAAUGGGAAGCUGUGGUGAAAUCGAUCAAGUACCAUCUCAGGAGAACAAUUGGUGAGCUCUUACUAACAUUUGAAGAGUUUUCCACUCUCCUCACACAGAUCGAAGCGGUGCUCAACUCAAGACCAUUGGAGCCGCUCAGUGACGAUCCCGACGACAUCUCUGCGCUCACCCCAGGACAUUUUCUCAUCGGCUCGGCACUCAACACGAUACCAGAACCAUCACUGCUCGAAGUUUCACCAGGUCGGCUGUCAAAAUGGCAGCUGAUUCAGCAAAGGGUUCAGCAUUUCUGGUCUCAAUGGUCUCGACACUACCUACAGAGACUUCAGUCAAUCUCGAAGUGGCACCAUCCAUCGAACGAUAUCAAGACAGGCUCGUUGGUGCUGCUCAUGAACGAGCAUCUUCCACCUAGCAAAUGGCCACUCGCAAGAGUGAUCGACGUUCACCCCGGAAAGGAUGGUCUCACCAGGGUUGCAGCUGUGAAGACUGCAACCACAACUCUUAUCUGA